AUGUGUGACAAAAACGAUAAAAUAAACAAGUCAUCAAAAAUACAACAAACGAAUACUCGUGCUACAUCGACAUUAGCUACAACAAAUGAACAGAGCACCAUUCCAAAACCAAGUCAAACAUCUGGAAUAGAAUCACGACAAAUUGGAGGUGACACGGAUGAUGUGAUCUGUACUAAUCAUUUUCCAUGUUCAUUUGCCGAUAAUCUUACAUUUUAUCAGUACGAUGUCAUUAUUGAAGAAUAUCAUGAAAAACAAGGAAAAUAUGUUAAUAUUACCAGUCGUGAAAAACGUCGUCGAUUUGUUUCUGAUAUUCUUCUAGCCAAAAUAAUUCAUCCCACAGCUGUUUGUUGGUAUGAUGAAGGAUUUUGCAUGUACAGUACAACGAAUUUUGAGGAUCAAUUACCAUUGAUGCAUGAGAAUGAAGAACACGGAUAUCGACGACGUUUAACAAUCAAUAGUUUGUGCGCCACUAGCGGUACAGAUGAAUUAAAUCAAUUUUCGACUCGAGUUAUUGAAACAUUGAUCAAGCAAGUAUUGAAAGAGCAAUUCAAGGCAAUCGAUUCAAUCUUCUAUCCAUGGGAUGGAGAAAUAGAUCAAGAUGGACCUCAUGAUCUCCUGACAGGAUUUAGAUUGGCUAUGUGUCGUACAGAAUCAGGUCCAACCUUGAAUGUGGAUACCACAAUUACUCGAUUUUACCCUCACUUAGAUCUUUUACCAUUCAUCUGGGAAAGAUUGUUAUUGAAAAAUAAAUCUUCUUUUCAAGGAUGGCUGUCAGAUGAACAAUACAAUAUAAUUAGUUUACAUUUGAAAGAUGUUGAAAUUACAACAGCCCAGUCAGAGCAUGAAAAAAAAUAUAUUCUUACUGGAGAUUUUUCAAAUGAUCUUCCUGCAAAGAUUCAUAUCAGAGAUGAAGAAAAUCUUCUAAGUUAUUACAAGCAUCUCGGAUUUGAACUUUGUUAUCCAAAAUUAUAUUGCUUGAAAGCCUAUCCAUUAGGAAAUCCGACAAAAAUAGUAGACCUGCCCAUUGAAUAUUGUUCCUUACGAGAAUGGCAACCGGUGAAGGAAAAUGAAUUCAUGAAACCUGUUACAGCGCCAGUAGUUCAUAAACGAUAUCAUUCUAUCUUAGCAGCUAUUCAAAAUUGUAAUUUCCAUGAUGACGAAUUAUCUAAAGAAAUUCAACUAGAAGUCCGCUGUGACAAAAUGAUGGAAAUUCCUUAUGAAAUCUUGACAAAACCUCAAAUUACUCUCAGUCGGCACCGUGGUUUUACUGAUCCAGUCCCGAUUGAUAACAUGGCAUUUUUGUACCUGACAGAUCGCAGAGAGCCCAAUGCGAGACAAAUGCAAGAAAAACUAUUGAACAACUUCUAUGAUGCUGCAGAUCGACAAAGAAUGGCAUUGCCCGAAAAUCUUGACGAAUAUGAAAUAUUUGUUGACAGGAAUCUGGAAAGCACACUUCGAAACCGCUUAUCUCGACUCAAAAACAACCAGUGCCAAUUCAUCCUAUGCCUUUCUAAUUGUCGAAAUCAAGAAAUACACCGAAUCUUCAAGCAGAUUGCAUCCAUCGAAUUUGGUCUUGUUACUCAGUGUGCAAACUUUUCAAAAGUUAAAAACAUGCAUAAUGUAAGAACGUAUUGCGAUAAUCUUUUAAAAUCCGUGAAUAUUAAACUGAGUGGUGAAAAUAAACGAAUAGCUCAGUUAGAAACGCCUAUAAAAACGAUGUUUAUCGGUGCUGAUGUGCAACAUGCAAAGAACAAUUACAAAGGAGAAAUUCCAUCGAUAGCAGCUGUUGUUGCAAGCAUGAAUUCAGAGUGCACAGUUACAAAUCAACGUGUCUCUCGCCAAUGGCCAAAAGAAGGAAAACAAUCUGAAGAAACUAUUUUGCUAUUGAAAAACAUGGUUGAAGAACUGUUGAUUGCAUUUAAAACAAGCAAUGACGGCACUCUACCAGAACAUAUUGUUUUCUUUCGUGAUGGUGUUGACGAUGGACAAUUUGAACGUAUACAGAAUGGUGAGGUAGUGGACUUGAAGAAAGCCUUUCAAGCUGUUUAUCCAGCAAGCUCAUCUCCACCUCUUCUAACUUUUAUUGUGGUUAAAAAACGUCAUAAUACUCGCCUCUUUCGUCUGUUACCUUCGAACGAGGUAAUCAAUGUUGAAUCUGGUGUUGUUGUUGAUGAAUGUAUCGUGAAUGCAAAUCCAAAUUAUCCCAAUUUCUUCCUAAAUUCACAUGAACCACGUUUAGGAACAAACAAAAUUGGAAACUAUGUUGUAAUAGUCAAUGAAAUCGAAUACUUAUUCAGUGAUUUAGAGGAGCUCACUUAUUCUCUUUGUCACACUGACCAACGUAUAGAUAAUCGAAUGAGUGAAUCAAUUCCAAGUGUUGUACAUUUGGCAGAUGCCGCAGCAAGCAGGGCAAGACAACUGUUUUUCAACCAGCCACGAUCACCAACUCAAAUACAAGCAGAGAUGCUGAGAGUUCAUGAAGAUAUGCAAGAUGUACCAAACAUGUUUUAA